GCUCACUGGGCAGCAGCGCGACCAGGACCAGACAGGGCACUGUCACCGCGCGGGUGGCCGCCGGGGCGCAGGGCGAUGUGUGCCGGGACGCAGCCGCUCGCGCCCCUGUGGUGCUUCUUGGCCGCGCUGGGGAUGCUGUGCUUCCCAGGGUCGUUCCCAGGGUCGCAAGCGUUCAACCUGGACGUGGACGCGGUCACGGUGUACAGCGGCCCCGAGGGAAGCUACUUCGGCUAUGCGCUGGACUUCCACCUUCCUGACGCUCGCACAGCUAGUGUCUUGGUCGGGGCGCCCAAAGCCAACACCAGCCAGCCGGAUAUCAUGGAAGGGGGAGCCGUGUACUACUGUCCGUGGCCCGCUGAGGGGUCUGCACCGUGCAAGCAGAUACCUUUUGACACCACCAACAACAGAAAGAUCAGAGUCAAUGGAACUAAAGAACCUAUAGAGUUUAAGUCAAAUCAAUGGUUUGGAGCAACAGUGAAGGCUCACAAAGGGAAAGUCGUGGCCUGUGCUCCUUUGUAUCACUGGAGAACCCUUAAACCAACACCAGAAAAGGAUCCAGUUGGCACCUGCUAUGUAGCAAUUCAGAAUUUCAGUGCAUAUGCUGAGUAUUCUCCUUGUCGGAACAGCAAUCCUGAUCCUGAAGGUCAAGGUUACUGCCAAGCAGGAUUUAGUCUGGAUUUUUAUAAGAAUGGAGAUCUCAUAGUAGGAGGACCUGGAAGCUUUUACUGGCAAGGUCAGGUGAUCACUGCCAGUAUUGCCGACGUCAUUGCAAAUUAUUCAUUUAAAGAUAUUCUAAGGAAACUUGCUGGAGAAAAACAGACAGAAGUGGCUCCAGCUUCCUACGAUGAUAGUUACCUUGGAUACUCAGUUGCUGCUGGGGAAUUCACUGGAGACUCUCAGCAAGAACUGGUUGCUGGAGUUCCAAGAGGGGCACAGAACUUCGGAUAUGUCUCGAUCAUUAACUCUACAGAUAUGACUUUCAUUCAGAAUUUCACUGGUGAACAGAUGGCAUCUUAUUUUGGAUAUACUGUUGUAGUAUCAGAUGUUAACAAUGAUGGAAUGGAUGACAUAUUGAUUGGGGCUCCUCUCUUCAUGGAAAGAGAAUUGGAGAGUAGCCCGCGGGAGGUGGGGCAAGUCCACCUGUAUGUGCAAGUGAGCACUCUCCUCUUUCGGGACCCACAGGUCCUCACCGGCACUGAGACUUUCGGGAGGUUCGGCAGUGCUGUGGCACACUUGGGUGACUUGAACCAAGAUGGAUUCAAUGACAUUGCCAUCGGUGUGCCCUUUGCAGGCAAGGAUCAGAGAGGAAAAGUGCUCAUUUACAAUGGGAACCAAGAUGGCUUAAACAGCAGGCCUUCCCAAAUUCUGCAAGGAGUGUGGGUCUCACAGACAGUCCCUUCUGGAUUUGGCUUUGCUUUAAGAGGGGACUCAGACAUAGACAAGAAUGAUUACCCAGAUUUACUGGUAGGUGCAUUUGGAACAGGAAAAGUGGCUGUUUACAGAGCAAGGCCAGUUGUGACUGUGGAGGCCCAGCUUCUCUUGAACCCCAUGAUUAUCAAUCUUGAAAACAAAACUUGCCACAUUCCAGAAUCUGUGACACCUGUGGCCUGCUUCUCUGUAAGAGUAUGUGCAUCUGUAGCUGGCCAGAGCAUUCCUAAUACAGUAGCCUUGGCAGCUGAAUUGCAGUUAGAUUCUCUGAAACAAAAAGGAGCCAUCAAACGGACACUCCUCCUCAGUAAUCGUCAAUCCCAUCUCAUCUUCCCUCUGCUGAUAAAGCGGCAGAAGUCCCUCCAAUGCCAGGAUUUCACUGUUUACCUUCGAGAUGAAACUGAAUUCCGAGAUAAAUUAUCUCCAAUCAACAUUAGUUUAAAUUACAGUUUGGAUGACUCAACCUUUAAAAAAGGCCUAGAAGUGAAGCCAAUAUUAAACCACUAUAGGGACAAUUUCAUUACUGAACAGGCUCACAUCCUGGUGGACUGUGGAGAAGAUAAUCUGUGUGUCCCUGACUUGAAGCUGUCUGCUAGACCUGAUAAGGAUCAGAUCGUCAUUGGAGAUGAAAAUCAUCUUAUGCUCACAAUAAAUGCAAGAAAUGAAGGGGAAGGAGCCUAUGAAGCCGAACUCUUUGUGAUGAUACCAGAAGAGGCAGACUAUGUUGGCAUUGAACGCAAUAACAAGGGAUUUCGGCCACCGAGCUGCGAGUACAAGAUGGAAAAUGUGACCAGAAUGGUGGUGUGUGACCUCGGGAACCCUAUGGCGGCUGCGACAAAUUAUUCUCUGGGUCUCCGCUUUGCAGUUCCACGUCUGGAGAAAACAAACAUGAGCAUUAACUUCAGUCUUCAAAUCAGAAGUUCCAACAAGGACAAUCCAGACAGCAAUUUUGUGAGUUUGCAAAUCAACAUCACUGCUGUUGCUCAAGUAGAAAUAAGAGGGGUAUCCCACCCUCCGCAAGUUGUUCUUCCGAUUCAUAACUGGGAACCAGAAAAGGAGCCACACAGAGAAGAAGAAGUUGGGCCACUGGUGGAACAUAUUUAUGAGCUGCACAAUAUUGGACCAAGCACCAUCAGCGACACCCUUUUAGAAGUUGGUUGGCCAUUCUCUGCACGGGAUGAGUUUCUUCUCUAUAUUUUUCAUAUUCAAACUUUGGGACCUCUGCAGUGUCAAACAAACCCUGAUAUCAACCCUCAGGAUAUAAAGCCUGCUGCCACCCCAGAGGAUACACCUGAGCUCAGUGCCUUUUUGCGAAACUCUACCAUCCCUCAUCUUGUCAGGAAGCGAGAUGUGCCCAGGGUCCAGCUCCAUAGACAGAGCCCUGCAAAAAUACUGAACUGUACAAAUAUCGAGUGUUUACAAAUCUCCUGUAUGGUGGGACGACUAGAAAGAGGUGAAAGCGCUGUUCUGAAAAUUAGGUCACGACUAUGGGCCCACACAUUCCUCCAGAGGAAAAAUGAUCCUUAUGCUCUUUCAUCCCUGGUGUCUUUUGAAGUGAAAAAAAUGCCUUAUAGAGAUCAGCCAGCAAAACUUCCAGAAGGACACAUAGCUAUUAAAACAUCAGUUAUUUGGGCAACUCCAAAUGUUUCCUUCUCAAUCCCAUUAUGGGUCAUAAUAUUGGCAAUACUUCUUGGAUUGUUGGUUCUGGCCUUAUUGACCUUAGCUUUGUGGAAGUGUGGAUUCUUUGACAGAGCUAGACCUCCUCAGGAUGACAUGGCUGACAGAGAACAGCUGACCAGUGACAAGAUUCCAGAGUCAUGACAAGGAGAAACAAAGACCAUGUUCAAAGAAAAGAAAAGACAAGGGGGCAAAAUAACAACAACUUCCCAGUGCCUGACAGUGACCAAGGAAAUGGAAGGGCCUUAAGUUUAUCACCUCAUCUAUGCUACCUUUUGGGGAAAGAAGUUUCCAUGGAGCCCAGAGGACCCUCUCGAAAAAGGAAACAGCAACACUAGAAACAAUCUGCAGUCUUGGAAGAUUUCUUUUGCUUUCAUUAUUCCAAAUUGGGUGGACAUACUGAAAUGGGCAUGGAAAUGUUGGUUGCUGUACAAGUAGAUCCAGCUCAAGUUGCAAAGAUGAAAUACCUGAAUUACUACGGAAUUUAGAAGGUAAAUUAAGACUGAACUGUUCAACACUACUGUAUCCAACAGAACAUUCAACACCUCCCUAUGGAAAACAAAUGUUUCUAAUGGUGUCAUGGCUCAGGGAGACAAGCAAUAUGAUGUUGGUACUGUAAAGCACUUGACAUGACAAAAUAAUUUUGUAAGUAAGGAUAAAAUUUUAUUUAUUUAUGUUCCAUUUCUCUGGGUUAAGAUUUUGUUUAUCUAGAGGAUUUGGAAAUUAAGAUUUGCUGAGCUAGUAUUCCAAAUCACUUCAUUUCUUCCAAUGAUAACCACUUUGUUCAGGUAACUCAUUUAAUAGAACUUUUGUAAAAUUUACACGACAUUAAGGAAAAGCAAAUUGGUAUUAGGAAUCAGUUUGCUUAAUGCCUUGCCUCCUUCUACCUGGAAUUAGUCUUACUCACACCAUUCAGGCACCCACAUCUGCUCAAUUUAGCUUAAUAAGAUGUUACAUUUAUAUUUCCUUUUAUAUAUGUAAAAAUAUUUUCACUGAUUUAGUUAAAAUAUGAAUUUCAAGGUACUUAGCAUUCUGUGUGGUAUUUAAAGGUAAUAGCAAAAUGUCUAGAGUCCAUUAAUGAGAAGUGUAAAACUAUAGGUAAAUAUUAUUUUAAUAGCUAUAACAAGCAACACCAAUACUUAGCUUGGAAUUAAAUACUUAUUUUCCCUGCUACACCUCGUACUUAGAUGCACAGAGAAAACAUAUGGAACAUAAAUAGAAUGGAAACAUAAAGUUCUACAGAUGUGAGACAAACCUAUACAAGUGAGUCCUAUGGAUUUUUAUUUAAAAUUGCCUUUUCCAACUUUAUUACUCAUUUUUAUUGCUAAUCUUUACAGUACUGAACUUUGGGCAAUAACCUAUUUAAGCUAUUUUUUCAUUCAUUUUAAUUUAACCAUCAUUAAAACAUGUUGUUUAAAACCCUUGUAAAUAAUCCAUAAACAUGUGUAAUGUUAUUAUUUUGAAGAACAACUGACCAGCCAAAUCCAUAGGUAGUCUGCACAAUUCUGUAUCCUUUUUCUAACAAUGAAAAUUUACUAUGAAGAAAUGCUAAACAAAUUUUUAUGUGCAAUAUUUUAUAGAACUAUGUAUCUAAGGAAUGUUUACACUGGCAUUAUUUUUAAAUGAGUAUCAUGAAUAUCAAGUAUGAUAAAACAAGCUGACCAUUAUCCUUAAGUUUACAAAGCAGUUGCAAAAGUCUGUGUCCCAGUUUCAAUGAUCACACUUUAUUUGAAAGAUAAACCAAACUCACAGACACUAAAUUUUAUGUGCCUUAGCCUGGAUAGGAGCCAUUUGGCUUCAGCCAUGGAACGUCGCUGGAAAGUAAGCCAAAGGCACAUGGAAAAUCACACAUUUGCAGUUUAUCUUCUUACUGCUUGUGAAUUAACUACUGCCAUGGUAGCUGUCUGGUACCUGUCAGUUGAAUUCUUAAUCCCACUUUGCAGGUCCAAUGAUGAUGAGCAUAGCCCUUGCCUCAAAGUAUUCAAGGGUCACAAACCAGCUCCUGGGGAGUCCUUUAUAAGUCCUCUAGGUAGACACAACUUUACAGAGAGGUGAAGCUCUAUGCGAUAUUAUUUGAGAAAUGCCAGAUAUCUGUGUCGUCUGUAGACAUGUCCUAAUUUUUGUCAUGGGGUGUUUUGACCAAGAAUGAUUAGCUUCUUGGGAUCUUUGAUCAUAAAAGAUCCCCUAGAGGAGAAUAUACACUUUGCCUCUAAGAUAGUAUUUGUGAAGCAACUGAGAAGUCCCAGAGCUAGUCAUGGAGAUAUGAGGAGAAAGAUGCUACAGUCACCCAGAGGAAACUAGAGAUACCAGAGGAACUCUGCAAACCAGAGCAUAGGGGCUUCAAAAGCAAACCAUAUCUUCCCCGUCUCAACCAAGAGAGAAUCCUUGCUCAAGGACACUGCUACCUACAGGGAUUAGAGGAGACCAUCAUACAUAGGCAGGCACCCAUAGAACAUGGAACCAAAUGGAGGGAGGGUGAAAACAGGUUCAGUGAGCCCUCCAGUGAUGAGUCUGCCAUGUCCCCUCCACACGAAGCAAACAGACAUCGCACUGAGGGCACAAUGCAAACAGCAUUAUCCAUUUCUUUUCUAAAUCAUAGUGUGCUGAGCUCCUCAUUGUGCCUAUCUGUAUUCUCUUCAGGUAAUUUUCUUUUCCAAUCCUUACAGCUGAUUUUUAGGACACAGGAAAAUGGGUAAUUCAUUCUAUAAACUCAGACAUUUUUAUACAGUAAAUGCGUAACAUGUGCUAGUCAUCACUGAAACUCUACUUUUAGAAAUUAACUCUUGUUUUAUUUAAAUACAUGUGUAGAUAUCUGUGAAGAUUUUCAUGUCACUAUUUACCUUGUCACUAAUAAAAUUUAAAUUUAAAGGCUAGAUUGCAUUUUUAUGAUUUAUUUUAUGUGCAACAUAAAGCUUUUACCUAAUGAUCAAGCAUCAAAGAUUGCCACCCUCACACCUUGGUUUUUAUUAUGAAAACAUUUAGCACUGGAAUAUAUUUGAGUGUGCAAAAUUAGGAUACUUCUUGGAAUGAUGAAAAUGUUCUGCACUUAGAUUGUGGUAUCACAGUCUCACCACUCUUUGAGAAUACUGAAAACUGUUGAGUUGUGUAGCUUGCACAGGAAAGUUUAUGGCAUGAGAAUCAUAUCUGAACAAAGAGGUUAAUGGGUUACUUCUAAUACUCUAACCUUUUACAACUGAUUGUCAACAUUGUCUUUUAAAAUUGUCUAUGCUUACUUCUUCACUCCUUUAUGAACCCUUCUCUUCUACCUUUACCCAUUGUCCAGACUUCUCCUGUCUUACAAUAACAUUUUGUAAAUUUCUACACUUCUCCAUCUCUUUAUAUGGCUAUUUUGCCUCUCUAAUGAGAGCAGGAAGCAUACCUUCUCAGCAGUAUAUCUCACACCUAAUGACCACACUUGAUAUAUAGUUAAGGCCAAUGUCCCACUCAAAUUCUAGAAUGAAAUAAAUUAAUAUACAUUUAUACAUGUGUGCAUAGCAAUAAUCCUAGUUAACAUGUACUUUUAUAAUCCACUUGGAUUACUAAACACCAGAGUAUAUACAAAUAUCUUUAUCUCCGCCUAUAUAUAAUGCUCACAUUAUUAUAGGUUUGGCAUCCCUAGUCAAAAAGUCCAAAAUCUGAAAAGCUCCAAAUUACAAAAUGUUUUGAGCACCAAUACCAUGUAAAAAGUAGAAAAUUUCACAUUUGACUUUGUGAAGAAUCAGUCAAAACACAGACACACUAAAUUAUUGCAUAAAAUCACAUAAAAUAUUGUAUAAAAGGCUCUGUGUGAAAAGUGUAUAUGGAACGAGAGUGAAAUUCGGUUUUAUACCUGGGUGCCCUCCCUAAGAUACUUUAUCGUGUACAAAUAUUUUGAACUUCAAAUUAAUCCAAAAUCCAAAAUAUUAAUUUCAGAAUUUGGCAACAGGUAUUACUUAUUACUCAAUCAUCUCUCUCAUUGGGAAUAACUAUUCCCAGCUUCUUUAAAGAAUACCAUUAUGCUGAAUAUGUUCCUGUGUAGGGUUUCCUUAUGUUUACUUCUGUAAGAAAAUUUUGCAAAAAUGAGACCUCCUGGUCAAAACACAUAAAGAUGAUUGUUGUUCUUGAUACUAAUGUGUGUCUCUUAAAAGAAUUAAAUAUAUUUGCAUCAACCUAAAUGUGUUCUUU